AUGGACGUCCGUCAAAUCGAAAUUUCCCUCAGCGAGAUCAACGCUCAAAAGACCGUGAAUCAAAGAGUUGUGAAGACCGUGAAAAGAUGGUGGCAGAAAAAAGGCCUCACGGAAUUCUCGAAGAAAACAGCUCCUUUGGUUUCAUUCAUCCACAACAAGAUGCUUUACAAAGCGUUCAACGUUGCCAAUGAUCAAGAAAGAAGACUUGAUGACGAAAUUCAAAAGCUGAACGACGAGCUUCCGUCAUUCAUUUCCCUGCACCCAGCGGUGAGUAACGUUUUCAUUCAAGAUCAACAUUUUUCUGGUUGCAGUUGAACGUGACGUCGGAUGUUGUUGUCGACGAGGUCGAUACUUCUUCUUUCGGAUACAUAAGGGAAAUCGCUUCGGAAGUUCAAGUGCUCAUGAUGGACUACAAAGAAGCUGACCGAAAGGAAAGAGAAGCGCACGCUAAGGCGAAAACCUUAUGCGAGCAGUACAACGAGCAGAGAAGAAUCAUGAAAGAGACUCCGUCGAGUCUCACUUGGCAACGAGCAGAAGCUCUCAGAGACGAGUUCCACAAAAUGGAAUCUUCCAAGAAAGAUUUGUAUGACGCGGAGGCCAAAAAACAAAAAGCAGACAAAAAACUGGAGGAGUUUGUCCUGGGCAAACCGGUGAGUCCAAUUGAUUCUUGGUUGUGUCGAAAAACCUUUUUGAUUACAUGGAAAACUCGACAAAAAACUAGUAAUCUCAAUAUGUUCUUUGAUUUUGAUUCGAAAAAUUUGCAGAUGAUUACUUCCGCCGAACGCGAUCCUACUAGACUGGCGCUGGAGCGAUACAAAUUUUACCUUUUCAACAAGGUAAUUUUUUGAAUGAUCGGAAGAGGCAAAAGUCAAGCAGUGCUUAAUUCACAAGAACUCACUUCUUUUCAUGAGAAUUUUCAGAGGGAGGGCCGGGCUUUUCGAAAGAAGUCUCCACUUGCUCGAAAUCAAAACUUUGCAAUAAAAAACAAGGUUAGUUUUGAUUUAAUCAGAAACUCAAGUUAUCAAAAAAUGAAAACAUAUUCUUUGCAAAUCUCGAAAUUGCAGGUUAUCGUUGGCCCUGCGUCUAACUGGCCCGCUUUUGCGUUGCAUUCAGCGCCUCCAGCACCGCCCAACGAGCAAUCAAAAGUUGCAAUGAACUCAGGUUAGAUUCUCAUGAAAAAAAUCUUGAUAAAUUUUUUUCCCUUGUAGGUUUUUUUUUAAAGUUUUGUUUUUUUUUCCAUUUCAAUUCGCCGUGAAUGAACUUUAAAUUCAAAAUAGCAACUUUCAGCCCCUAAGCCACCUAAACUCCAGCGCCAACACCCUCUGAGAACGCUUUGGAUAAAUAACGUGCCCGCUAGCUGGCAAUCCAAGAGGAUCUUUUUGAUGUUCGAGGUCUGUUUUCCCAAACUCAGUCCUUCAAGAAACGAAUUAUCUCACAGAAGAUGGGAAUUUCCCCUAAGACGAUUAUGCGGUCAGCAGAGCUCGAAGCCGGAGUAAGAUCGACAUUAACUUUAGGCCAAAUUCACUCAUCGAGAAAUUUUUCAGCCUCCAACGCGCCGCAUCGAGUUUCGGACAUUUGCAGACGCCCGACGCGCCCUGUCGUUCAAUGGUAAAUCUGCUGAAAGCGAACCGGAGUACAUUUUUGUCCUAACCUCUGCUUUCGACAGCUUUUCAAGGAAAGAAAAAGGUUGGGAUUUGAUUUUAAAGUUAAAUAAUUGCACAUUUUCCAAAAGUUUGUGAACACUUUUUGAAGAAUUUUUCAUUUUUUUGAUAAGAUAAAUUCAAUGAAAAAAACUUAUGAUUUGUUGGAAAAAAAUAUAAAAACACCUAUUUUGAAUAUUUUUUUUCAGUUCACUUCUGGCGUAAGGGUUUUGAAUUUCUGAAAAAAGUUUUAAACUUGAUAUUAAAAUCGAUUUAAAGAAAAAAAAACAUUUAUCAGUUUUAGCUAUUUUUUUCGAGUUCCCUGGUCAGAUAAUUUUCAUUUUUUUGAUUGAUAACUAUUAUCUAGAACCGAUUAUUGCGGAGGUCAUUGAAGAGCACAAUUCGAACAGAACCCUUUGGUUAAAAGGCGUUCCCUUUGACUGGGAUCCAAAUAUGAUUAAUUGUGUCUUCAACGUAAGUUUUCCUUAUCCCAUUUUUUUGAAAACUCACUUUUUUACAGAGAGUUGGCUACCUACUUGUUACACUUGCCACUGUGGCGUCGAAAACUCAGGUGAAAUCGGCGAAAUUUCCAAACCCUCCAAUACAAUAGUUUUUCAGACAAGGAUGUACGGCAUCGAAUUUGAAACGUUCGAGGAUGCCCAACGCGCUCUGUAUGAGAUGAACGGGAGGAUCUACCCGUACGGCGACUCAGAAAUAUUCAUAAAGCUCAGUAACCCAUACGAUGCAUCGCCUACGAAGUUUGCAGGUUCGGAUCUGAAAACAUUGACAAAAUGAAAUAAAUUUCAAAGUUCUGGGGGAAGGGUCUAUUUUUCAUAUAAAAAUUCAAUCAGAAAAAAGUGGAUCAUAUCAACUUUCACGAGAUCUUAACUAAUUCAUAACAUUUUCUUGUUAUUUUGAAUUUUUUUUUAAGCAAAAAAAGAAUUGAACAAUCUGUUAAAUUAAAAAAAAAACUGUUCCCCUCUUGUCUGUGAAAAAAGUGUACUGGUUUGAAUAAUCCCAAUGUACUUUAACGUAUCGACGCGUGAUUUUUUUUUAUAUGAGUUGAUGAAAGCGAAAAUACUCAGGAGGGAGCCUUACGGACACCGUAAGUAGGCAGGACGCCCUGAGAACGCUUUGGAUAUGGAACCUGCCACCCGGCUGGAGUAUCCCCAGAAUCAGUUCCUAUCUCGAAGUGAGUCCACCUCAUACCAUUUCUUUGAAAACCCACUCGAUUUUUUCAGGGAGAAGGCUUCAAACUCGAUAGUGUAAUCCAGCCGAACUACGAAGGCAGGGUAAGAUUAACAAUACGUUUCGCCUAAUGUUUUAAAACACUGACUUUUCAGAACGUUGAUUUCUGCGUUGAAGCUGAAACUCACGAAGAAGCUAAGAAAGCUGUGGCGAUUCUCAACGAAACGCUCGUUCCAAAUGAAAAAUCGGAGGUGCUUUUCGACACUUGCUUCGCUUUUGACUGUCCCGGGUUGGUUUGCUCUGAAAAUGCUCAUCAAAAUUUUUGUCAGGUUCGCGUACACUCUGGUGAUAAUGAACCUUCCUGCCGGCUUCAGUGUUCCGGACGUCGCCGAUGUUAGUUGAACUUUUUUCAAGUUUCCUAUUUUCGGAAAAUACACGGAAACAGAUUUUCAGAACAAAUUCAUAACUGAGGAAAAAAGACUGAACACAGUGAAAAAAAUAAUAAUACUGGGUAUUAAAAACUUGGAUUCAUUUUUUUUGGAUUUUUUUAACUCUCUUUUUGUUGAGACUGCAUGAUCUUGAAAAUGUUCCAGGCCUUCAAAAAGGUACCCGUCAUUCCGUGGAGCGGACGUCGAACGAGACUCUAAUGGGUACCUUACUGGCAGGACUUGGAUUGAGUUUGGCGAUGUGAAGGACUGGCAUUUGGCCUACGUGAGUUAGAUCUUCUUAUACUAAAGUUUCGACAUUUCCGAAAGUUAUAGGAUUCUUCUGUGAUUUAUGAAAAAAAUGACUUUUUUUAAAUUUUUUUAUUCAAUGAAGAGUUCAGAUGGAUUUCAACCACCUGAGGAUCCGCGAGUUCGUCCGCUUGCAAUUGCGCAUGAACGUGAAAUAUGCCGCGCCCGACCAAAGAAAGUCGCUCGUAAGUUUAUAAUUCAAAAUAAACUGAAAAACUUUUGAUUCGAGAAAGAAAAAUUAUUCGCGGUCAAUUAUUAUUUCCUCUCUCCAUCUUAGGAUCUCCUUCAAAAAAUAAUGGAAAUCCUUUCAUUUCCCAAAGUCUCGCUCGUUCAGACCCCAAGUACCGAACAACAUUUCAAGCGCGAAUCGAUAACUCCUGCUCCAAUUGAACACGAGAUCCGCGAAGACCGGGCGACUUACACUCCCAUUCCGCAAUACCCAUCGGUGAGCAUCAAAAAGUUCAUCCAAAAAACCUCAUCAAAUAAUAUUUUUAGUUUGAACACUCAAGAAUCUUCUGGCACGAUCUGUUUCAAAAAAAUCAUGAUUGUGAAACAAAAAAAUAGAUUAUUCUGAGAAGUUUUUAAACGAUGGAUGAAAGAUAUCUUCUACCAAAAAUCAGAUAUAUAUUUUCAUCUUUACAGUUUUCUUUCAGACGUCGCUCGUAAAUGAUCCUCAACGUCAUGACUCAACUCCGCCCAAUCAGGCCAAUGCUGAAGAUCGGAUGUCGGACGACCUGUGGCCGCAACUCCUUUCAGUAAAAAUCAAAAUUUUCUCCCAAAAAAGCUUGUUUGUUUGAGAAUUGAUUAAAAUCUACUGGAGCGAUUCGUGUUUCAAAAGUUUUUAAAAAAAGUUAAUUCAUUUCUGGGAUCAAAUUUUUUUCGAAAGGUUUUUUUAUUGAUGAAUGGAAGAUAUCUAUUCAAAAUAAAUCGACUAUCCUCAUCUUUACGGUUUCGUUUUUUCAGACGUCGCAAGGGAUCAAUCCUGAACAGCAUGUCCAUAACUCGGCUUCUCCCAUUGGAGUCUAUCCGGUGGAAUGGAUGACGGAACACCCGUGGCCGCAACUCCUUUCAGUAAGAAUCAAAAUUUUCUCCCAAAAGAGCUUGUUUGUUUUGAGAAUUGAUUAAAAAUCUACUGGAGCGAUUCGUGUUUCAAAAAAAUUAUAAAUAGUUAAUUCACUACUGGAAUCGGAAAUUCAAAUUUUUUUGAAAGGUUUUUUUAUUAAUGAAUGAAAGAUAUCUAUUCAAAAAUGAAUCGACUAUCCUCAUCUUUACGGUUUCGUUUUUUUCAGACGUCGCAAGGGAUCAAUCCUGAACAGCAUGUCCAUAACUCGGCUACUCCCAUUGGAGUCUAUCCGGUGGAAUGGAUGACGGAACAACCGUGGCCAAAACUCCCUUCAGUAAGAAUCAAGUUUCACCUGAAAAAACGGUUUUGAAAAAAGCUUCUUGUAUAAAAUUAAUCAAAAUCUACAAUCAAGUGAGAAUCGUUUUAUAUAAAAAAAGACUGGAUCAUGUUUUUUUUUCAAAUCUUUUUCUGAUACACGUUAACACUUGAAGGGUUCGCUAAACGGGAAGAACUCCACUGAACUUGUUUAAUAGUGUAAAUUUUUUUCUGAACAGUUCUGAUUGAAGGAUGGAAGAUAUCUUCACGUAGAAAAAAACUAUUGUUCUCUUCAAUAUUCUGCUUUUUCAGAUCCCCGCAUUUUUAUUCCGUGGAAAAAUCGAAGUUUUUCACUUAAAAAAAGCAAUCUUGAAAAACCUUAUUCUGCUAUAAAAUAUACAAAAAAAUCUCCAAGAUAAAAAAAUUUUUACAUACUCUUUUUUUCAUAUUUCUGACGUUACAGGAUCAACAGCCCAGUAUUUCUGAAGUCCGUGCUCCUCAGAACCGAAAUUCCACCGUUUUCCGACUCAUUGUGUCUAAUAUCCCUGUUAAGAUCCCCAAAGAUGCUCUGUGUGCGGUGAGUGAAAUCUCUUUUCUGCAUUUAUAAAGGAUUUUCAAAUUCCAUUUCACGAGGUGUCAUUUGAAGUAAUCAAACUUUGUUACAGUUUUCGUUAUAAUGGAACUCAAAAACUAUUUGUUCUCGUCAAAUAGAUCUCUUUCAUCAUUAUCUACAUUGCUUUUCAAAGCGUUCUGGAGCUUUAAGUUUACAAGAAACAGAGAAGCAAUCAAAGUGGACUAAUUUCUUCACGCUGCAGUCUCACUUUCAUUAAAAAGUUUCUCUCAUCAUGAACAUCAUUUUGGUUCUAUCAACCAACUAAAUAAAAAUUAAUUUUUUUUUCUUUCGGGCAUUUAAAAUCUUGAAGGAAUUUUUCUCAAGAAGCAUAACUUUGAUGUUCCAGACGUUCAUUGCAAACUACCCUUCUUUCUGUGGUGUGAGCAUUAAAUUGAGCCCAGACGGAGUUUCAAAGAGAGCCGUCGUUACCUUUGGAGACAGAAACGAGUGUGAAAAGGCCUACGUGAGUUUGAUAAACUAUCCUAACAAUUAGGGCAAUCAAAAAGCUAGAAAAUCUUCUCAAUUCGAACAUAUAAUAAAGGAAUGUUGUUUAAUGAAGAAUUCAGAUGGUGCACCGGAACACGGUACUCUGCUCGCGGAAACUGAGAAUCCGCUUCGAUGCGGAUCCAGUUGGAACUGAAUCGAACAUGGCUUUGGUGAGUUUCAAGUAUUUGAAUUCAUAUUUCACUUGGUUACAUGAGACAUGAAACACACUAAAAGGCACAUAGCCUUAAUGAGUUUUGAUUGGAGGGGGGUUUUCAUAGACCCUAAUGAGCAAAUUUCAGCAUCAGAAAGGUUAAAAAAACCCAGAAGGCUCAUCAACAUUUUGAAAAAAAUAGAUGCGAAAUAAAAAUUUUGCAGAAAGGCUCCAAACUUUGGCCAUAGGCUCCACAAGCGUCUUUUUUCGGAAGAUCAUUACUUAUUUUUUAUUCUUCCGCUUUUCCAGAUCCCCCAGGCCAAAAAAAAUCCCGCCGCCAGCUUGGUACCUCUCGACCCUUACCGUCGUGAUUAUCAGGAAAACGAGACUACUCCUCUUUUUACUCCGGUGAGAAUCAACAAUUUCACACAGAUGAGCCUAGUUGAAUUUUUUCAUCUGAUUGUAAAGGGAAACGAAUCUUCUGGGACAGUCGGUCAAUAUAUUUUUGACUUUUUUUUUUCAUCUAAAGCUAUAAAAAGGGUUCCAUAAAGCCUCUGUUUAAUUCCAAUAAAAAAAAUUAGCUGCUGUUCUAGAUCAACUUCGUUUUUCAUUUUGCUUGCACGAAUAGCCUCAUAUCAUUCAGAUUUUCAAAUUCCCAAAUGAAAUUCCUGAAAUUUUAGACUUGAAAGGUUGCCGAGGAAAACUCUCUAGCAGCGGAUCUUUUGUCCAAAAAAUAAGCAGUUCUAAUUUUGGAGGCUGUCCGGAUCAGAUCAAAACUGUUCUAGCAAAAUUUCACAAAGUUCGUAACCGCGAACAAUUUUACUUAGGACUUGUUUUAGUUCUUUUUCCUAUCCAAAAUUAUGAAAAAAAGAAAAACUGAAAAAAUCAAUCAAUCAACUUCGAAUUUUCUCAGAUGCGAGCAUUUCACGCGCCUGUCGCAUGGAAGCAUCAGUUCUUUGUGCUCCCGUACUUUUUCUCGUAUGGAGUGGCCUGCAUGCCGAAACUCCCGGAACCGUGCAGCCAAGAAGACGAAGAUGAAGUCAACAAGGUAUAGUCAAUCCAUCCCGACUUGAAAACGAGGGAGGCGGAGAAGUCGGCGGGACGCGUACGCGGUUCUUCGCACAAGUUGGAGUCAAGCGCCACCGACUUUUUACAAAGCUCGGUCACCGCUCUUUUUGUAUCUGUUCUGCUAUUUUUUGAUGUGAAUAGGUAAAAUUCGAUGACCAGUUAAAAAAAUAAAAAUAAAAAACGAGCUCACCAAACAGUCGCCGGCGGUUGACUUUGAAUCGGGCCGAGAACCGCGAAACGCGCCCCGCCCCCUGCCCCGCCUCCCGCGCUUUUCAAGAAGGAAAAAAGUGAACUAUAUCUUUGAGUGUUUUUUCCUGGGAAACUUGAAAGAUGUUUUAUCUUCCAGAAAAAGAAGGAACUAAUACCACGGAAAACCUGGAAAAUCUUUUUUUUUUCCUCUAAAUCAUUCUUCCGUUUCUUUAUUUCAUUGCUGGUUUUUCUUUAAAGAGAGCCAAUUAAAAAAAAAACUUUACGACUUCACGAAGUUAUUCAAAACCGUGAAUACAAAACUUGCAUAUUAUAAAGAACAAUAUCCUUUGACCCUACUUCAACCUUGAGCUUUAUGAAUCUGGUUGAAAUUCAUUUUUUUCCUAAUUGAGUCUAAAUAACUCAAUGGUAACCUUCUACUUAUUGAGUCAAGAAAAUAAGGAUUUAUUUUUUCGAACCCAAUGAUUUCUUAAAAUAUUUCAAAUUAUUUGCUGUUUUUUUCAGAACAAAACAGUGGACCAGCAAGUAAACUUCGACGACAAUGUUGCAGUCAUCCCUGAUGUCAAAAAGCCACGAAAGGUGCCGGCUCGUAAGAAGACAAGUGAGUUUCAUCCGCUACAAAGCUUAUUUUCAGCAAAAAAAGUUGCGGAAGUUUAGUAAAAUGAAUAUUUUCAAAAGCGAAAGUUUGUUUUGAUUUGGGAAGCUGGGAAUAGUGUGAUAAGAAAAAAAUUUGAUUUUUUUCUCCCUAUCUAAAAAUUUUUUUCCACUAGCUUUGAUUAACGUUAUCUUUUAUAUUUUUUUGUGCGACCUUACAUGAUCGUGAUUUCUUUUUUUUCAGAAUGACUCCCUGGACAAAAUGGGGGCCAAUUACAGGCAUAGAAACAAUUUAAAGUCAAAUAAAUAGUUUUGUAUUGUAAAUACAUUUUUACAGUCACCACGCCAUUGAAGAGAAACGUUCCAAGGAAAGCUCAAGCGUCGCCAAAGAAAGAUCAAGCAGCUCCGAAAAAGGAAAAAGUCGCCACGGUCAGAAAAGCGCCGACGAAGAAACGAGAGGACAGAAAAACGGUGAUGAGAGAAAAAGUGGUCGCUGAGGAGGAGUUUCUUCCUGCCCGACGUUCGAUUCGACUGUACGCGAAAAAUACCAGUUAUAAAGAGUGA